UGGUUAUCAGUUCAUGGCCACAUCGCUGCAACCCAUGUCAAAUACAGAAAUCUAGACAACGAUAGUUAUUCGGGUUUUAAUUAACCACAGAGAUACAACACGAUCAGAUGUCAUCAAGAAGCUAGAUUUUGCUGUACCCGCACAGGAUUUAUUGGGAAACAGUUUGCAACAUAUACCCAACUCGGCCGCAUGAGUUUCUCCUCUCUCCCCACGACUCCGGGCCAGAUAACCGCGGCAAUCAGUGCAACCAGUGCGACUGAACGCACCCAGAUACUACCCUGUCACGCAAGUCCCUGGCUUGUCCGAGACACAAACAGGUCUCAUGUUAUUUACAGGUUCAGUGCCUGGCGCAUCUUAUGGCUCAGUACAGAGUUUUGGCGCCAUGGUAAUCUUGCAGGAGUAUUUGGAAGGGGUUUUUGUGGUUCAAAUGGCCAGCGAGAACUCAGAGAACAUGCUAGGUCACUCACCAAAUAGCCUGUUUGCGCUUAGGAGCUUCUCUGACCUUCUACUUGACGAUCAAGCCGAUCUAUUCUCCGACUACAUCGACCUCAUUCAGCCUCACAAUGAUGACCGCGCCAUUGAAAGUCCCGCAAUGUUUGAACUUACUGUUAAUGAUCGACUUGGCCUUCCACGGCGGCUUUGGUGUUCCCUUCACGCCAAUCCUCUCGAUAGAAAUACAUUGAUAUGCGAAUUCGAAUUGCAAGAUGAUUACAUGAACCCUCUCAAUGCUGCCCGCACGGAUGGUUCCAGCUGGCUUGGCCGGAAUCCCAGGUCAACUACCAAAAAAUCCUGCCGCGAAACGAGUACGUUUGAUGGCAUCAACCGCCCUUUACGUAUACUGCCUAGUACACGCAAGGGAAUCGGCGAAAUCACCGCUAUGGAAGCUUUAAGGAUCGUUGACCAGAUACAAAACCUGCUAGGCAGUGCUUCGACUCUAGAGGCCUUGUUGAGAAUCACGGUGAGCUCAGUCAGAGAGUUGACUGGCUUUAGCCAUGUGGUGGUGUCUAAGUGUGAAAGCGAGAGGCAUGGACUCAUUCCGCCAGCGUUAGCAGAACCGAGUUCCACGGAAUUGGCCAUUCUCCACCAAUCACGGAAUAUCCCACAAGCAAGGCAAGUUCGGUUAGUAUAUGAUCGGGAGCAAACAUGUUCACGGAUGGUGUGUCGGAGCACUGAGAAUCCCAAGCAAUCGCUUGACAUGUCAUAUGCAUACCUGCGGGCAAUGUCGCCAAGUCAGGUCAACACUUUGCGUCUGAACAAAGUACGUUCCUUUAUGUCGGUCAAUAUCAUUGGCCCCUAUGAAAUCUGGGGCGUGAUCUCUUGUUACUCCUACGAACAGUCUCCCAUGAGGGCGCCUUUCCCGGCUCGAAAGAUUUGUCUAAUAAUCUGCGACACGCUCGCACGCAAUAUCGAGCGCCUAUCAUAUGCCCUGCAUCUUCCGCGACGAGCUCCUUAGACCUCUGGCAGACCUGGAUACUUCUCGUUGGUCAUCGUUUCAAAGUGUGACUGUACAAGCUUCUACUUGCGGAGUACAUGGCCCUAUU